AUGGAUAGGAAAAAGACAACAUCUACAUUAACGCUCAAGAAUACUGUAUACGCCAACCCGGAAAAGGGUGCCGAUCUGGAUGCGCCCACAACAGAUCCAAUAUCCUCCAUCUUCAAACUGCUUAAAUCGACAAUUGGGGUUGCGAAUGUGUUUGAUAUUAGACUGAGUCUGCCGAGUCAUUUGAUUGAUCCUGUGUCUGCGUUGGAAUUUUGGCAGUAUAUGGAUCGGCCAGAUUUGUUUGCGUGUUUGUCCGAUUCAGACGAUGAGGUCUUCAGAUUUUUGGGCAUCAUACGCUUCUGGUUCUCCAAAGACUCAAAAUGGAAGAACCACGCAAUCCGAAAACCAUACAACCCAAUCCUCUCUGAAUUCUUCACGUGUCACUGGAACACCACAUCCGCAUCACCCGUAUCUCCACACACACGUUCGCCAUCCCUCACCUCCGAAUCAUCUUCCUCCGCCACGUCAGAUGAAACGGCCGAUAUCGUAACGAUCAAUGAUGAAAAGGAGGAAGUCAAGGUUCAUUAUAUCGCUGAACAGAUAUCACAUCAUCCGCCCAUGUCUGCGUACUAUUUUGAGUGUGUGGAGAAGGGGGUUGUUGCGCGUGGGGUUGAUCAUUUGGCUGGGAAGUUCACUGGAACUUCGUUCCGUAUUGGACCUGGUGAAUUCAAUGGGGGCAUAUUUGUGAAUUUGAAGCAGCGUGAUGAAGAAUACAAUCUGACACAUCCACAAGCUGCUGUAGCCGGAUUCAUGACUGGGUCAAUCUACAUCGCAUGUGCCGACAAGUGUAUAAUAACAUGCCCGAAAACAAACCUCAAAUGCAUCAUCGAGUACAAGGAAGAAUCCUUCUUUGGCAAACCCAAAUUCGCCAUCGAAGGCAAAGUAUACCGCUACGAUUCCAAGAAGGAUGCGUUACUGACACCCGCUGAACGUGCCAAGAAUGAUAAAUUGGCUAAAGUCGAUGAUGGUGAUGUGGUUGCGGUUGUGUAUGGAGCGUGGAAUGGGAGGGUGUGGUAUCGUUUGGUCGGUGAUGAGACGGAUCAUUUGUUGAUUGACGUAGCAGAAUCCGUUAUACCAGACAAGUCUGUACGUGACGAGCACCUGCAGCAUGAGAAUGAAUCACGACGUGUGUGGAAGCAUGUUACGGAGGCGUUGCUGAGGAAGGACUACAAUAAGGCUAAUUUGGAGAAGAGGAAGGUUGAGGAUGAACAGAGGGCAAAAGCAGCUGAAAACGCCAAGAAUGGGGUGAAAGUAGAAUCCCAAUUCUUUGAUUUCGAGCAUCCUUCAAAGCCUACAUUGAAGAAGAGCGUCAAAUUGGGCGACCUUAUUCAACAAAAGUAA